AUGUCUACUGCCUUGGAAAAGACUCACUUAACCGAAGUGACAAUCGUCGAAAAUGUUUCUGUCACUGAAGAGAAUCUGACUUGGACUCACACCGAGACAUCCGAGAGUGCUUCACGCCAUGAGCUUGUCUUGGUUCAUGAAGUAACCAACUCUCAAUCAGGCUCCUCGCAAUAUCUACUCUUUAUCCUCAAGGAGGACCCGGAGAAGAAGGAAAUGCCCUUUCAACUCUCGAUACUGAAGACAAAGGAAAUACCAUCUGACCUUCGAAGUCUUACAGUGGCUGGAUUACCCACUCAUCUUAAGCGCAGCUCUAGCAACGAGCAUGGUGUCACAAACCAGGUGGAUAUUAUCGUCUCAAUAAAAUCGGGUAUAGGACUAGCAUCGAAAGUCUGGGAAGACGUGUUCCAUCCGCUUUGGACGUAUAUCGCAGGCGAUACAUCUGGCGAGUCGUCAUAUGGUCUCAUUCAUACAGGAAGCUCAGAGACCAUCCGGGAUUAUGCAAAGCAGCUGUGGAAUUCAAAUGAGCGUUCAAAAGUGAGGACCGUCGUGCUUUUGAGUGGAGAUGGUGGUGUCGUUGAUUUACUCAACGGCUCUGGUGGGAACGAGGUACCGGAGAAUCCACCUACAAUCGCGCUUCUGCCUCUGGGCACAGGAAACGCCCUUUUCCAUUCGACCCAUAAGCCACUCUACUCCGAACCUGGCCCAAGUCCACUAGUGCUUGGACUACGAACAUUGUUUCUCGGCGUCGGCGCCGAUCUUCCAGUGUUUCGAGCAUCAUUUUCAUCUGGAUCGCAUAUCGUCAAGUUCACGGACAAAUCCAAGGAGCAACCUUCAACCCCCGACCCAAAUCAGCUUCAGAAGCAGGAGACUUCCAUCACGCAUCUUCAGGGAGCUAUUGUAGCUAGCUAUGGCUUUCACGCAAGCCUUGUUCACGAGAGUGACACACCGGAAUAUCGUGUCCACGGCGAUAAGCGGUUUCAUAUGGUCGCUGAAGGGCUCCUCAAAGAAUCUCAUCCGUACGCUGCAAAAGUAUCUAUUCGACGUCGAUGCUCCACUACCUUUGAGGACAUUCCUCGUGAAUCGCAUGCCUAUGUGCUCACAGCUCUGGUGUCGAAUAUGGAGCGAAAGUUCGCCAUUUCCCCAGCCACUAAACCUUUGCAGUCACAGCUUAGACUUGUACAUUUCGGACCUAUUGGUGGCGAGCGGACGAUGAGUGUCAUGAUGAAGGCGUAUGAUGAGGGUAGUCAUGUUGGUAUGCAGUGGCCCGAUGGAGAAAAAGUUGGUUACGAUGAAGUUGACGAAGUCAAAAUUUCGGUUCUGGAGAAAGAUGAGAGGUGGCGGAAGGUGUGCAUCGACGGGACUAUCGUUGAGAUACCUGAAGGUGGAAGUAUGAGUAUCAAGAUGCUUGAUCAUAGUCUCUUCAAGAUUCUGGCAAGCCCUGUUGUUUUAGAGAGCCGUGAAAAGGCCUGA